UCAAGAAGCGAGAUGGGAAUUAUUUCAAACAGGAUUUCUAGGGAGGAGCUCCGCCCAGGAGAUCACAUCUAUGCUUAUAGACACUGGCAUACAUAUUCCCACCAUGGUAUAUAUGUUGGGGAUGGUUUGGUGAUUCAUUUCAAUGCAACAAAAGAUCCAAAUGAUCCAAAAAUUAGUAGCUCAUCGAGAGAGUCUCCAUGUGGAAAGUGCGGGCAUGACCCAAACACGAAACGGGGAGUGCUGAGAACCUGCAUCGAUUGCUUCCUAAAAGACCACCACCUGCUUCGCUUCGAAUACGGGGUCUCUCCACUCCACUUCAAAUUCAAACAGAAAGGAACUUGUAGUACUGAGUGUUGCUAUUCAAAUGAGGAAACUGUAGAUCUUGCCACCAAGAUUUUCAACAAAGAUGAGGUUCACGGGAAGGGGUUUGGUGACUAUGACGUGCUUGAUAACAACUGCGAAAACUUUGCCAGUUAUUGCAAAACAGGCAAGCGCGUGAGCGAGCAGGCUCUCAAGGCAAUGGGUAUUGCAGCUAUUUCCUUUAAAACCGAUACUCCAUCCUCAUCUACUUCCAAGACUGCCAUGGUUCUUUCUCUUUUUUCUUCCAAGUCGUCUUAGUGAUUCUCUAUGUUAUGUUGUGAAAAUUGUUGUUUGAUUGUGUGCUCAAAAUAGUUUCUUGUAUUUUCUAUGCAAUUAAUUAAUUACAAUUGUACUUGUGCACUUUAUGUUUU